CUGGUGGCUGCCGCUGCUCGCUCGUUUGCUGGGCCGCCCGCUGCGCCGCCCCACGGAGGACACGACGGCCACGCGCACGUGCAACUACGCGCCGCGCCCGCGCAGUACGCCGGCCGCCAGUACGCGACCGCCAGUACGGCGCUGCCCAGUCCGCGCUCAGGCCAUACCCCGGCCACCGGAGUGGGUCGCAGUACCCGUCCAACCCGUACUCGUCCCGGCAGUACUCGUCGGCCAGUAACUCGUCCGGGCGUUGACGCGGCGGUGCAGUACCGUCCGGGCGGUUCACCGAGGCCCGCUACGAAGUUGAGGCGCGGGGGCGGUGGCGGGCACGGGGCCCGCCCCACGGGCGGCGGGGCGGCGUCCGCGGCGGACGACCCGCUGUUCCAGUCGCUGCUGCCGCGCGCCGGCGCGGGCUCCGGCCGCCGCGAGGAGGACCUGCCGCGCUUCUCCGAGCAGGACCUGGCCGCCAUGUUGCGCGAGGCCGACUCCCUGGGGUCGGAGGCGUGCACGCGCAAUGUGCACGCGCAGUGGCUGUACGAGACGGACGUGAACCCGGCCACGCAGUUGCACGCGCUGCAGGCGCAGCUGGAGUACGGCGAGUUCCAGCGCGAGCUGGCGCGCAUCCUGCGGCGCGUGCCGGAGCAGGACGUGUCGACGCCCGCGCUGCGGCGCCAGCUGCACUUCCUGCGCGUGGCCGGGCCGUCGGCGCUGCCGGCCGAGCAGCUGGAGCGCUACAACCGCCUCAUCAACGACAUGCUGGCCGUCUACAACGGCGCCUCCAUCUGCGCGCACGAGAAGCCCUUCCAGUGCGGCCUCACGCUGCAGCCCGCGCUGACGCUGAUCAUGGCGCGCAGCCGCGACUGGGAGGAGCUGCAGCACGUGUGGAUGGAGUGGCGGCGCCACACGGGCCAGCGCAUGCGCGACCUCUUCGAGCAGCUGGUGGCGCUCAGCAACGACGCCGCGCGCGCCAACGGGCUUCACGACUUCGCGGAGUACUGGAUGUACCCAUACGAGUCGGACGCAGGGCUGCGCUUCGACGUGCAGGAGGCGUGGGACGAGGUGCGCCCGCUGUACGAGCAGCUGCACGCCUACGUGCGCCGGAAGCUGCGCGACCUCUACGGCCCCGACAAGAUCAGCCGCCAAGCACCGCUGCCGGAGCACAUCCUCGGCAACAUGUGGGGCCAGUCGUGGAGUAACAUCCUGGACAUCACGGUGCCGUACCCGGGCAAGAACUUCGUGGACGUGACGCCGCAGAUGCUGGAGCAGGGCUACACGCCGCUGGCCAUGUUCAAGCUGGCCGAGGACUUCUACCUGUCGAUGAACAUGAGCCUACUGCCCAACGAGUUCUGGGCCGGCUCCGUGCUCGAAGCCCCGCCCGACCGCCCCGUCGUGGUGAAAAUGUGCACGGAGGUGAACAUGCGCGACCUAGUCACUGCUCAUCAUGAACUGGGACACAUCCAGUACUUCCUCAAUUACAGACAUUUACCGAAAGUUUUCCGUGAUGGGGCAAAUCCUGGGUUCCACGAGGCGGUGGGCGAGGCGGUGGCGCUGUCAGUGCAGAGCCCGCAGCACCUGCAGACGCUGGGGCUGGUGCACAAGGCCACCGACGACCUGCCGCACACCAUCAACUACCUGUUCGCCAUGGCGCUGGACAAGCUGCCCUUCCUCGCCUUCAGCUACGUGCUGGACCGCUGGCGCUGGGACAUCUUCGAAGGCAGCGUCACCAAGCUGCAGUACAACUGCCACUUCUGGCGACUGCGGGAGCGCAUCUCUGGCGUGAAGCCGCCGCUGCUGCGCUCGGAGAUCGACUUCGACCCGGGCUCCAAGUACCACGUGCCCGCCAACGUGCCCUACAUCCGGUGA